UCAGAACACGACGGAGAAGCAUUUUUGCAAUUUCGUCAACUCCCGCGCAUUCCUUCCCAUCCAGAACAGCCCCAACAAGUGGGAUGCGAAGGUAUAAUUGCAUGGUGAAUGAUGAGGAGAAGUCCAGUCAUCGCCUGAGCUUCAGUUCGCAAAGGUGGACAGGAUGGCCAAAAGACUGAGCAGCUCGUGUCUAGCAGUCCUGGCGAUCAUCGUCGUGGCUGAAUGUGUACCAACAUCCGUUCUCGUGGAAACCACCAAAGAUGCCAGCAAAACAGUGAAAAGAUCCCCGGAAGGUCUCAAAUCGAUUGCCACAUCAAAGGAGGAGAGUACACAGAGCGUCUCGGAUGGUGUUGAGAAGAUGCCACAGAAACGUGGUGUUGUCCCUCAAAAUCUACCAUCAUCCGCCUAUGGAUAUCCCAGUGAAUAUCCACUGAGUGGAGUGGUAAAUGGUGUGUGGAACGAUGAGCCAACUCUUGGCCUCUAUCAAGAUUGGGAUGACAUCUACGAACCGGCCAAUCGACAUGGUGCUGCUUAUGACAAUCUCCAGAAUCUUCUCAAUUCUCAAUUCUACACUGAACCCGUAGCCCUACCCCUCGAGUAUUCCUACAAAUACUACGGAGAUCGCAAGAAGCGUUCCAGUGACAAGAAACACCCAAAAAGACGAACAGCUAUAAGGCCAAAACGCAAUUCCAAAUUGAGUCCCGCUGACAUUUUAGCUCUGACAUCUUUGCUUGAAGGAUCUGAGCGUGGUCGUUUGUAUGAACCGGAUUUAUUGGAAUCAGCUGGAUAUCCUCCAUAUGUCCAGUUUGCUGGACCAAUUGCUGAUGACAAUGAACGCGAGGAAUGGAUUAACAAUUGGUCAGAUGCACCAGUUGAAUAUCUUCCACAGUACGCCAUUGAACCAGUUCCACGCUACGAAGUUUUCCGAGAUUCUCCGACACCACGAUUCGGCAAUCGGGGCUUCCCAGCGAAACGUUUUAUGGUGUCUAAGAAGAAAUUUCACGUUCCCGACGAGGGAAAUGCACACAAAUAUUUUUAAAUAAGAAAAAACAAAUAAAAAAUUGAAUUUUUAAAAAACAACCAAAAGCACACACACACACAAUAAGAAAAAAAAUCCUAAAAGGUGUAAAUGUAAAAGCCAGAUGACUUAAAUACCUGGCCAUUAAUGUUAAAUUCCCGAUCUUCUCCCCGCCCCCCCCCCCCCCAAAACAAAGAAGAAAAAAAAAUAAGAAAUGAAGAAGAAAAUUCUCCCCAUUUUAACCAUCUCUCACGAACAAGAAGGAUCAUGAAGAGAUUAAUAUUAUUUUUGUAAAAGAAUACCAACUUUCAUCUCAAUGGUGGGUGCAAAAUGGAUAUAACUAUCAUCAACAUUGGACGAUUUAUCAUGUGUGUCAAAUAUUUUAAACUAAAAUCGUUGAAGAGGAGAGAACCUUAUGACAAAAUGUGGCUCAGAGAAACUUUCUAAUUAUAUGUAAUAUGUGACAUUAUCAGAGAUAAAUAAUAUAUUAAAUAAAUAGCAGUUACUUUGGUGUCCA